AUGGCAAUAGAAGUGUGCUCCGAGAUAUCCAGCACGGGAAUCAGCCCUCGAAUCUCCUUCUCCCACGAUCUGAAGAACACGGAAGAUGCAUCAGUUCGUGUCGAAGAUCGCCACCGUGGAUCAGACCUGUGCCUCUUGGACUCGAGCUCUGACUUCGUCUUCUGCAUCACCAAUGGCUUAGCUCAACAUCUCUCUUCCGCCGAUGAACUCUUCUCUAAUGGCAAGAUUGUCCCGGCGGAGAUCAAAAGCGUUCCCAAAAAACCUUCACAUCCUCCUCGAUCUCAACCUGCUACCACGGAAAAGACUCAAAGAAAGAGGCUCAAGGAGUUCUUGUCUGCUUCCUCUGACGAAGCAGAGAACGAAGAAGAAAAACCAUCAUCCAAGUAUUUCUGGCAAUUCAAGCGCAGUAGCAGUUUGAAUUUCGAUACCACCCGUGGUAAUGGUUUGAUUCGCUCGCUUCAGUUCUUGUCACGAAGCCACUCAACCGGUUCGGCCCUGAAUCCGAAGCAAACAGAGGUUCCAAGGGAAACUCACAAGCAGAAGCUGCAGAAACAAUCCUCCGUUUCAAGCAGAAGGUCAUCGUCCUCCUCUUCGAGUUCAAGUACAUAUUACUUUUAUAGUUCGUCUCAAAAAGCUUCGUUAAAGAAAAACGGUGGAUAUUCGGGUAAUGGUGUUAGAAUAAGUCCUGUUUUGAAUCUACCACAAGCAUAUAUUCCGAAAGCCACAGCCAGAUUUUUUGGAUUUGGUUCCCUGUUCUGUAAUGGAAAGAUUAAAAGAAAGAAGAAGUAG